UCUACACUACCAGAAGGAGACUCGCCGCCGAUUGGUUCGUUAUAAUUCCGUCGUUUUACCGCUGUUCGUUUGCAUCGCGUUCGGUCGAUGUCAUCCCGUCUAUUAACGAGAGAGGCAGACAGUUAAUUCGAUGGUGCGGCCGCUACCUAGAUAGAAUCUAGAUAGUAAGUGUCGAAAGUGGUGGGGCAGCAAAGUAAAAAAAAGGACCGAGCAGAUAGGACAGCAGCCUGUCUGGCUAGCUGGGUGAGCGAAAACGAGCGAACCGCUGAGUCUGCCGCUACGGUAGUGGCACAGAGGCCAAUCACCAAGUUCUACAGAAAACUAGCAGUAGUAGAAUUUCUGCUAGAGCUGCGUGAUUACCAUUUAUGUUACUGGCCGAAGAAGGAUUUCAGCAGGAAAAGUGCAGUGGAACGGCCGGUUCGCGGAUCUGCCCAUCCGGCCAGGACCAGCCGUACUCCAGUUGGGCUGCAACAGCGACCUGCCAUCAGUAGAAGCCGGAAUAGAACUGCGGUUUAACCGCGGGGACAGUUGAUACCAGUGAAGUUGAUUGUGAUUUUCGUUAGGUUCUGCGUUUUCGAACGGAGAAAUUGGAAAAAACUUUCGACAAGCGAAAUUCUUACUGCAGGAGAUCCGCUGCACAAACGCCGAUUGUCUAGGACUCAGCAACUAUUGCAGUGGCAGGGCAGACAUUUUUCGAUCAGUCGGUCAAUCGUGGAAAAGAGUGUCCCUACAUUACCCUUUUGGAUGCAUAUGUAGAACUGCAUGUAAUUAUUGUUGAGUUUGUUGUCGUAUUAUGUCGUGUGUGCGUAUGCGGAUGUGUCUCCAUAUAAUCUCAUUUUCGUGUACGUCGUCCUAUGUCGAACCAACCUUGCGAUCUAUGCUAUUUCUUGUCGUCUGAUUGGCAGAAAGAGCCAGACGUCCAUAACUGCACAGGAAUGAGAUUGUUCCUCUCUGCUAAGUUUGUCGGAAGAGCGCAAAAAUCGAGGCUAGAUUAAAAAACAAAUCUUCUUUUCAAACAAGCUAUUACCGGAAUCGUCUCAGAUAUUUCGACGACUGACCUACUGUUCGCGUUCAUCAUUUGCAAGGAAGGCGAACCAGUGACUAAAAAAAUAGAACACUUACCGGAUUGUAUAGACAACACUGCUUGUUUUCUUUCUAUUUGGGACUACAUCUAGCUAUUCGAAACUCGUGGCUUACCUACUCACCAGCUGAUUGGAAAUUAAUCAGCUACCUUGUAUAUUUAACUGUUAAUGCUAGCGCUCGACGUGGAUGUACGCCUGCCCGUACCGAUUCAGGAUCAGCUGUCUAUUCAACUGACCUGAAGCAGGGCUACUGAAAUGCUAUAACAACAGAUAUUGCUACUGCCAAAUAGAACACUGCUGUUCUCCUGAGAAGAUUAUUGCCGGAUUCGUUGAUGUAUUUGUCGUUCUCGAUUCAUUUCGUUGUCAUCAAUCGGUAGCUGGUAAUGUAGCCUCAAUACAGCUGAUGCCAGAAUGGAAUACGAUUGGAUCGGUCGUACGUAGAGGGUGUUGACGUGACGUUACCGGUGGUGGUGCUGCCGCUCUAAGAGUAGUUGCUGUUAGCAACGAUGAUGACGCUGGUGUCUUGCAGCUGAGAAAGAAAAGAUUUACUGCACCCGUUGCUUAGCUAGGAAAAAAAAGAAGUGCUUAAGCUGAUUGCGGUCAUUUUGCUGCUGCUUCUAGCCCAGCCGACGUUCGCGUCAAACGAGCGUCGCAAUCAGCAGGCGAAAAGUGUUGGCUGGGCCCCCCUCUAAAGAACAAAGCAAAAAGAAAACAUAACUGUAUUGUCCAGCGACUCGGAUUCUGACUGGCGCUGUUGGACUGAUUUGGUAGGUGGUAAAAGGCGAUGCUGGUAGAAGAAAAAUAGAGGAUUUAGUCUUGCGCGAAGGUCUAUGCCAUUGAAGAACGGUGUAUAUGGGAGCGUAGCAUUAUUUCUCUAUCGGAGCAAACGACUGUGGAUUGCCUUCGGAAUAAGUAGUGCUUGUCCGGUCAUUGGUGGUCACGGUUCUUGCCAGACUUAUCGAAUAGUCACGCAAAUUCGAAAGCCUCCGCUGCCGGCUAGACCAAGAAGCGAAACACGACUCUCUCCCAUCGCUGUUUUCCCAACGAUCAACUGACAAGCACUUAAUAGAAAAGGAUACACAAAACCUACCGUAACAGCGAUAGCGAAAGUGCAGAAAAUCGGCAAUAAAGUCCAGGUCAAGACUUUUUGUUAUCGAGCAGGACAGCGUAAGGACCAGCAGACAAAACGACGACGAAGACGGGAAGAGCAUCGAAUAAUUCUUGAUCCUACUGGAUUGCAGUCAUGGGCGAUCAGCUGACUGCUGAAGAGUUGAGGAAGAAACGCCUGGCUCGGCUAGCAACGCCUCCAGUAGAGGCUACGCCUGCAGUCACUGGUGGCGCUGCUCCAAUAGUGACCGCCCCUGUGAGUCCAGCUGUUCCUACGGCAUCCCCCCAUGGACCCCCUGGUUCCACAAUAACCACGACACCGUCCACUUCCAGUGUGCAUGGAAGCAAAAAGGAUAUAGAUGAUUUAUCGACUGUUGUUUCAGCAGCAACAGCUCGCAAAUCUUCAGAAGAUGCGACUGGCAUGGAGUUGGACGAGUCUACGAACCACAGCGUAAGUCAUAGCCAUGCGGGCGCUCAUCAUGCCGGAUCGAAGAAAGGCGGACCGGCUGGCCUACCAGUCGAAUCCUGUAAAAGACAGAAGUCAUUACAGGGCACGGAGCUAACCAGAGUUCCCGGAGUACACGCGUACGACCCAAGUACUGCACCUCCUCCGAAGCGGUCGACACCUGACAGCGACGCUGAAGCGAUGGAGGUAGAUGAACCGAGCUUCGAUAGAAGCACAACUGCAACAACGAUACCCUCAGCAACGGCCGGUGCAGUUGUCCAAGCACAACAUGCACGUGCGUUCGUUGCGUGCACGUCGAUAGUCAGCACAACCCAAACGAGUUCGACGACGACGACAACGACGACAACAAUGAACCGGAUGGAACCCACAAUAGGAGGGACGAUAGGGAGCGCAGAUGUCGCAGCAAAAAUUUCGUUGACCGAAAGUGACCCAAACUUCACCAGAAUGCAGGACACUAUUCGCAAAAUCCUACUCCCUGAAAAAGCUAAUCCAGUCUUGCUUGAAGUUGGUGCAAGCAUAAACCGUAGUACAGAUUUCACAGGCGUCGCUCACAUUGUUGUAGCUAAAUGUAUUGCCAUGUACAGAGAAGCAGAAAAUGAGGUGUCAAGACCCAAAGCUUCUGGGCCUACGAGCGCCUUCACAUCUGGAGCAGCCUCAUUGCCUGUCCCUGCUGAAUCCGACAAUCCAGUUAGCUAUCUGGCAGGCUGCUACGAGAGAACUUUUGUCCUGGAGAAGGAGCUCCUUCGACGAAGUGAGGGAUGUCCCAUACAAGAGGUGCUGACAGAAAUAAGAGUCCAGUGUCUAGCAUACAGCCGAUUACUUUUGUCUGGAGCGAUUACCUGCCGGUGGUUAGAGGCUAAAAGUCGAUCAGAGUGCUCGGCCCCUGAUGGCCGCGGCUCUUCGAGUUUACAUGAGCUGCACGAAGAGUUCUUCAACUCAAUGCUCCAAGAGAAAUUCCCGCCGAAUUUUGUCGUCGAUCUCAUAUUGGGCUGCAGUCAUGAGGAAUUUGCUAGUAUUUUCAAUCCGGUAAUCAAAAUGUUAUACAUUGGUAUGGGAGGUGCUUCCUACGCACAUCAGGGCUAUCGCGAGUACCUGAAGCUUUUACGGGAACUUUGCACUGUGAAGUACGCUUCGAGCAACGUUCGGCCGUUUUGCGAUUUACUGGUUUCUAACGAAGCCUUCCUACCACUCGAAGUUCUAGAUAGCCCAUACGCAGGCCUUGAGGUAAUGCAUCGAUCACUGCUUGGGCCGUUCCUUUCACUGAGCUUAUUUGCUCAGGACAACCCGGAGGUUGUUUCGGCUUUCUUCGGUGGAGAUCACUCGAUAUCGCCCAAUGGUGUAUCGCUAGUUGGGCGUAGUAAUCAAACAGAGGCCAGCGUGUUACAAGAUAUGAUGCACCUCAGCAGGCAGUUACUCUGCGAUAUUGUUCACGCUAUUCUAGUGAACCCAUCAUCACGGGCGAUUAUGCUUUCAUGGCUAGUAUCCGUCGUGAAAGCGAAUGAUAAACGAUCUCAAUUACGCCCUGAUGAUAUGGUCGUGGCGACAGAUGGCUUCAUGAUCAAUCUUAUGGUCGUAAUGCAACAAUUAAGCCUCAAAGUCCGCGCUGAUAAGGUGGACCCGUACUAUUUGUUCCACCCGACCAGUCAGCUGGGCGAGCACCAGUAUAGCGUCAGCAAGGACACGUGCCUUCGAAUGACAGAACAGGAGUUGAUUGAAUUUCGGGCCGAGCUUAAGGCUAAUCCGUCGUGGCAACAAAAGGAGACGAAGUUCACAACUGAAUGUAUGUUUCUUAGCGUUUACGUCCACCAUCUCUCCAUCGUUCCGUGUGUUCAACGAUACGUACGACGGUUACGCUAUAUUCGUGAGCUGCAACGUGCUGUCACUGAGUUGGAAGGAACCGAAAGCCUAUGGAAAGUUAUCCCUCACCUAAACAAUCAAAACAGUCGGAGCUUAGCAAAAUGGCGCAGUCAACUUAAGAAACUGCACAUCAGUAAACAGUCAGCUGAUGUGGUCCUCUUUGACCGGUCGUUGGUACUACGUUGUCUCGACUUCUACGACAAUCUCGCUCAGCUUCUUCUGCAUAUACUAGGCACGCCCGUUACGCAAACAAGCAGUAGCAGUAUGAUACCGCCUGUGUCAAAGCUGUUCUCCGCGAUGCCCGCCUGGUUUAUCGAAGACAUUGCCGACUUCAUUCUGUUUGUCAUCCAGCAUAAGCCUCGAUACGUCAGCGAAUUGAAUUCGGCGGCUUUGGUACACCUUCUCGUGUUGCUUGUAUGCGCCCCACACUAUGUUUCGAACCCUUAUCUGACAGCGAAACUUAUCGAAGUUAUGUUCCUGCUGUCGCCAGGCGUUCAGAAGUUCACCGAAAAGCUCUACCUGCAGAUUCGGACAAAUCCGAUUGCGGAACAGCAUCUGAUCGUGUCUCUAAUGAAAUUUUAUGCCGAUAUCGAAACGACGGGCGCAUCGAGCGAGUUCUAUGAUAAGUUUACGAUUCGCUACCACACUUCCAUCGUGUUCAAGUUGUUAUGGGAAAACCAGAAUCAUCGACACCAGGUGAUCGAGGAAUCAUCAAACGGGAAACAAUUUGUCAAAUUUAUUAACAUGCUCAUGAACGACACGACGUUUCUACUUGACGAAAGCCUACAGUCAUUGAAAAGAAUUCACGAGCUGCAGGAAGCGAUGAAGGAUCAGGCAGCGUGGACUUCCCAGCCACGUGAAGUUCAACAGUCACGGGCCGCGCAACUUGCCACGGAUGAACGGCAGUGUCGAUCCUAUCUGACUUUGGCGCGAGAGAGCGUCGACAUGCUGCAUUAUCUCAGCCAGGACAUCAAGGAGCCGUUCACAAGGCCCGAGCUUGCUGACCGUUUGGCAGCAAUGCUCAACUUCAAUUUGCAACAGCUGUGCGGGCCUAAGUGUAAGAAUCUCAAGGUUAAAAAUGGCGAUAAAUAUGGCUGGGAACCGCGCCGACUACUAAAUCAGUUGGUUGAUAUCUACCUGCAUCUUGACUGUGAUAAGUUCGAGCAGGCCAUCGCUAACGAUGAACGCUCAUACAGGCCUGAACUUUUCGAAGAUGCAGUGUCAAGAAUCAACAAGGCGAUGCUUAAGAGUGAUAGUCAAAUCAAGCAGUUCCAGGACCUAGCGGCUCGCGUCCACCGGGUGCUCAAGGAACGACGUGAGAUAGACUUCUCCGACGCUCCCGAAGAGUUCCGCGACCCGCUCAUGGACACACUUAUGGAGGAUCCUGUAUUGUUGCCGUCUGGCCACACCAUCGAUCGAGCCACCAUCGUGCGACACCUACUUAACUCUGCUACGGACCCCUUCAACCGGCAACCUCUUCAGGAGGACAUGCUUACCUCAGCUACGGAUCUCAAGGCAAAGAUCAUGGAGUGGAAAGCACAAAAAUAUCAAGCAGCAAGAAGCAGCGCGAGUGCAUCUCACAAAAUAGGCUGUGAAACUUGUCCAAUGGAGAAGAAAUCGAAUAAUGACGGAACAGGAGCCGGGCCCUCAAGUGGGCAAUCUUAGAUCGCUCAGAGGAUUACCCCCAGAGUAAAACUGGAAAUAAUUGAUGAGGGACGACCUAGCCAACAACAAGGAGACACCGUCACUAUAAUUAAUAGGGCAACAAACGAAUGAAGCACAAAUGCUGCUUGUGAAAAAAACUUCUUCGAAUUUCGUCUGCUUACAAACGUGAUGGGAUGACGAAGCGACACACGAAGAAACACCUGACGCAAACAAGCAACAAAAAACAAAACCCAAGCAAAUGCAAACAGAUUCAGACGGCCCUUAUUAGAAAUGCUUGGAUAACAACACAUCAUUUUUCGCCUUCAGAUAACAAUACGGAUUAAAAUAUUUCAAUUAAAAUAGGUCUCGAUUCUCAUCUCGAAAGUGCGAGCACUCUCGUUAGAAUCACAUUGAAGGCAUAUCGACAUGACUUCGACCCAGCGUUUACGAGAAAACCACUCCGGUUUUUUCUUCAGGCCAAAUUAACAGGCAAACUCUUGAUACUGGACGAAAUGGUUCGUAAGUCAAGAAUCAGAGAAAAUGAUAAAUGGACGUGGCGUGAUAGGGAGUGAUCAACAGUGUAUAUGAACAUGAUGGAUGCGAGUGUGAACCACAAUAUUAUGACUGAUGACAGUUUUAUAAAUUAUACCACGACCGACCGACCGACCAGCCGGAGUCUGUACAAAAAACUAGGAAUGAUUUAUAAAACAGCUGAAGCUGAAACAAUGUAGGUGUAAAUAAACGAUACAUGUUUUGCACUUAGCUCAC